AUGGCGCGCUACCACCACUGGCCGCAGGAGCUGCUGGCCGAUCAACGGUGGCUCGAUGAGUACCACGGUCUGCUGAAGGUCAUCAAACACGACUACGAGAAGCUCAAAGACGAGGAGGUGGAGGGAGCCAAGGGCGCCUUCCUGUUCGCGCAGUACCGCUUCCUGGCCAUGUCGUGGAAGCGCGCUCAGGAGGUGAAGCGGAAGAUGAUGGGGGAGGGAUCGAUGGAAGCAGUUCUGGGGACAGACAGCGGGAGCCCCACCCGUGAAGACACUCACAGGUGGAUCUACGAGCGGUCGCCGGCCGCACAGACCGAGCACAGGAGCCGCCCGCCCAAACGGACGCUGAGCGCCGGCCUGCGACAGCCGACCGAGUUGCCCUCGCCCGACCCGGCCACCGAGGUCAGGGAGUCGUCUCCGUCGCCGCCCAAACGUGCGGCCUUUGUGGUGGACCUGGGCCUGCUGGACCUGGGCCGCGGCCCGCCGGCGGCCGAGCAGCCGCCGGUGCGCAGCGAACCCUCGCCGUUCGGCGCCGUGGGUCAGAGGUCGGCCGGGCAGACCGGCACGCCCUGGCCCUGGGGCGGCGACCGCGAGGAGCCCAGGCAGGAGGACCCGUGGCCGCUGCCGGGCCGGCCCGCACUGCCGGCGCCCAUCCAGCGGCCCGCGCGGCGCCCGGACCCGCCGCCGGCCGCGGCCGAGCCGUGGUCGUUCGAGGAGCAGAGGCCGGCGGGGCAGCUGCGGUCACUGACCGAGGAGAACCAGAAGCACCAGCUGAACAGCAUGCAGCACGACCUGGCCGCGUACGCGCUGCGGCGCGGGUCGCAGCCGGAGGAGCGGCGCAGCGAGCAGCUGCUCUACGAGGAGCAGCGCCGGCGGCAGCUGCAGGAGGAGCAGCAGCUGCUGCGCAGACAGCUGCAGCUGAACGAGCAGCUACACCGCGAGCUGCAGCUCCCAAAUCAGCAGGCCCAGGCACAGAUACAGCGGGAGCAGCAGAUUCACUUACAGCAGAUGCAGGCUCUGGAGCAACAGCACGUCUUCCAAGAGCAGCGGCGUUUCCAAGAGCAGCAGCGCUUACAAGAGCAGCAGCAGCAGUUGGUCUUUCAGCAGGGGCCCGACUUUCGGCCCGUCGGCCCGGAGGCCAUGGAGCGGGAGGUGGAGCGAAGGCGGCAGCGCGCAGUGCUCCUCAGCGAACAGAGGCGCCGGGAGGAGCUGUGGCGGGAGGAGCCGGCGGCUGACCAGGCGGCCUUCCAGCAGCAGCAGCAGCAGCUCCGGCAGCGCUUCCUGGGCCGCCCAGUUCUGAGAGCCCGCAGUCCGGAGCAGCCGGAGCCCGGGCUGCCUGACCAGCCGCCUCCUCCCGGCGGUGAGCGGCGCCACUACCCGCCCGGCUUCUAG